UUAUCAGCCUCUCCAAUUUGAGAAACUUAGCUGACUCCAAAAGCAACAAAGCAAAUGAUCAGUCAAGGUAUCAUCAUACAUAGAAACCUAUAGAAAGUUUAUAAAUUAAGAAGAAGUAGAGAAUCCAUGAUGGCACGUAUAUGGAGGCAUUUUACUCCCCCCUUUUCUUUCCCUUUUUGAAUUAUUGGGUAAUAACUAAUGUUUUAAUGACCGAAUCAGGCUUACUUUUUUUCUUUUCUUUUUCUUAAACAUAAAGACUAUAAAUGGCUGAAGAACUUGAUAUUUAUGGUGAUUACGACUUUGGUUUGGGAGAUGAUCUUGAAGAAAUUGUUCAUGAUGUGCCAGUAAAAAAGAGAUCAAGGCCUGAAGAAGAAGAAGAACUUAUGGAUGAAAAGACAACUAAAUCAUUAAAGAUUAAUGAAGAUCAGAAACAAGGUUAUCAAAAAAUACAAACAACACUACAGGCAUACCAGAGCCAUAAACAACAGCAACAACAACAACACCACCACCAACAACAACACCAUCAACAGCAACAGCUUCAGCACCAAAUACCAACAUCUUUAACGCAAUUACGUGGUAUAUCAAAUCAACCCACAAGUAGCAUUUAUCUAGGGGAGCUUCAUUGGUACACGACUGACAAAGACGUUCAAGAACCAUUAAAGAAAGCUAAUCUUAUAGAACAUCUUAAAGAAAUGACAUUUUUUGAAUAUAAAAUGAAUGGAAAGUCAAAAGGUAUUGUAUUUCUUGAGUUUGAUAAUGAAGAAUAUGCUUCUCAUGCAAAGGAUGUCUUUGAGAAAACUGAAUUUGAUCAUAAACGAGUUUAUGCACUAUAUACAACCUCACCGAAUCCAUUCAAGCAUUUACCAAAAGAAUCAAGUAACAAAUCAACAAGGAAUAUUGUCAAUAAUACACCUCCUAUGCCAAGAUUAGGCAAUACAACCAUGAAUUUCCCCUUCAACCCAAGCAUGCCUUAUUUCGCUGCUCCACCUGUACCCCCAAAUAUAAGGAUGUAUAAUGAAAUGAUGAUGAGAGGUAACAUGCGUAACAACAACAACAACAACAACAAUAGAGGAAGAAAUGGGCCCAGCUAUAAUCAGCAAUCAACAGGCAAUAGCAUGUAUCUUAACCCUGCUUUCUUUGAACAACAACAGCAAUAA